CUCCUAGCGAUUACUGGUUCUCCCAGGCAUGGAAGGUGAUGAAAACCCAGAUGCCAAACGUCGUGAUGUUCGGUUCUUGGACAGCAUGUUCACGGGCAGUAGGCCUUCAGCUGAUAACAGUCAAGUCCCAGCUCAAUCUGACUUCUCAUUAGCAGAGUCAGAAUUGUUCUGUCAAGGUCCCUGCCAGGAAGGAUGGUUCAGUUACAUGGGCCAGUGUUACAAGUUUGUCCAGGAGCAAAAAACAUGGGCUGAGGCUGAGAGUGUUUGCCAGAUUAUAGCAAAAGGAGGUCACCUCACCAGCAUCUCCAGUGCAGCUCACAAUGAUUUCCUUGUGAACCUCGCCAGUUAUGCAGACAAAAGGACAACCCAGUUCUGGUCAGGAGGAAGUCACCAAAAGGGUGCUUCUCUGACAUGGACCGAUGGAUCGAUGCCGAAUUUCAUCCAGAGGCCUCUAAGCUCGAUUCUCAAUGCCAUUGGUGGAGUAUUUAACAGUAUCUUCAAAGUAAAAAUUUGCCUGACCCUAAAUUUAGGAGCCCAGGGUAAGUGGGAUGGCUGUGACUGCAACAAGAAGUUAUCAUUCAUCUGCAGCUACAAACCCAAUGUGACCCCCCCAUAGCCUGCAACAGGAAGUCUAUGCUGAUGAUGAAAUCUGACUACUUUUACUGUGCUCAGAAUAUUGUUUAGUUUCAGUCAAUGAACAAAUUUUUUUGUAUGUUAAAAAUGGAGAUGACGAUUUUAAAUAUCCAAAAUGUUUGUGCAUAUGAAAUAGAGAGAAGAGAAAGUAGUACAAGAAAUAAAAAAAUGACGCUCUUGUAGAUUGCAUUUAGAACGCUGUAGAAAGGGUGCUGUAAAAUAUAUAUUCUGAUUAGAUCUGAAUGCUUGAUGAAAUGAGCACUGUAUUGGGCUUUUCCACAGGGGUUUCAAGAAUAUUCAUGAGAGCUUUUUAAUUAUUAAAUAAUUACAAAUCAUUACAACAUUGCUCCUUUCACCAUUUAAUCACACCAAUUCAUACAUUUUAAAUCCUGGAAAUUCUACUUUCAUAAUGUCAAAUAAAUCCAAGAAAAGUCAGAUGAAUUAUUUCAAUUUUUAAGCAAUUAAAUGGCUAGUUCACUGAAUUGUAAUGUAGCCCAAAAAAGCAGUACAAAUCAUGUGGAACAGUCAUGUGCAAAUCAUUGUACACAGAGAUGAAGCACAGCUUUGUUAAAUGCAUGGGAUGGCAUUUUGUGAAAUGAAGCAAAAUUUGUUAUUACAAUUAUGUAAAAGUGACUAAACAUUAUACA